CAAAAACUUUUUCGUAUCACGGAAAAAAAGAAUUUCUGAACCCGUGUUUACGAGACCUUAAGAUAAGUAGAUUACACUCUUCAAGUUCGACAACUUGCUUCGCUUACACUCUAUAUAGUAAUCGCGUGGAAAAGACGACGACCUUGUUAUCAAUAGCAGCCUUCUUUCGAACGAUACACUUCAACUUUCCACACGCUGAUUAUUUUACGAUUGGUCACCAGGUCGGAAGACUUCGAAGAAGAAAGAUCGAGAGACCACCCGAUUAAUCGGUGAACCGAGAUCGCAAGCCUACGAAAUUUUUCGCGAAGAUGAAGAUUGCUGUGAUCGGCGCUGGAUCUGCUGGUCUCGCGGCUCUGCGACAUUGCACUUCCGGUACAUACGACUGCGAAGUAGUUUGUUACGAGAAAACAGACCAAGUAGGAGGCACAUGGGUCUACGUAGAAGAAACUGGUUUGGACCGAUACGGUUUACCGGUGCACUCCAGUAUGUACAAAAAUUUAAGAACGAAUCUACCCAAGGAAGUGAUGGGGUACCCCGAUUACCCGAUUCCGGAUACUCCGGCAAGUUAUUUGACUCGCACGCAAAUACUCGGAUUUUUGAACUCGUAUUGCGACCAUUUUGAUCUACGCAAGUAUAUUCGGUUUCUCCGCAACGUCGAGUUGGUUAAGCCGACGGACGGAGGGGACCGGAAGUGGACGAUCAAGGUGAAAGAUUUGCAGAAGAAUACUGUCACGAACGAAUCGUUCGACGCUGUUAUGGUAUGCAAUGGUCAUUACUUCAAGCCCAGUGUUCCAAACCUGAAAGGCCGGAACACUUUUCAGGGCCAACAAUUGCACAGUCACGAUUACAGGACACCUGACGUAUUCCUUGAUAAAACCGUUGUUGUUCUCGGCGCAGGACCUUCCGGAAUGGAUUUGGCUUUGGAGAUAUCGACGAAGGCAACGCGUGUAAUUUUGAGUCAUCACUCGAAGGACCCUAUAGGCACUGUUUUUCCUGAUAACGUAAUUCAGAAACCGGAUGUGAAGGAGUUAACCGAAAAUGGCGUUCUCUUCGAUGACGGUUCCAGCGAAUCUGUAGAUGUAGUUUUCUAUUGUACAGGAUACGAGUAUAGUUUUCCAUUUUUGGACCCAACGUGCGGUGUACGGGUGGACUCGAAUAUGGUCACGCCGUUGUGGAAGCACCUUGUGUCGAUCGAAAAUCCCACCCUUGCUUUAAUCGGUAUUCCGUUUUAUGUCUGCGCAUUCAGUAUGUUCGAUUUGCAGGUCCGGUUUGUUCUGAAAUUCUGGUUCGGUAAAAAAGACUUUCCGACCAAGGCGGACAUGCUGCAAGACGAGAAAGAUGAAUUGGAGAAGCGUGCGACUGAGGGUCUUCGGAAGAGGCACUUCCACCAGAUGGGAUUCAAACAAGGCAUUUAUUACGACGAUCUUGCAAAUACUGCAGGAAUAACGCCUCUACCUCCGGUGCUUACGAAACUGCACAACGAGAGUAGCACGCGCUUUUUAGACGACUUGUUACAUUACAGAGAGGCCAGAUACAAAGUAAUCGAUGACUAUAAUUUCAUUCAACUUUAAACUCCGAUUUCGUAUAUAACACAAGCUAAAUACCUGUUAUUCUUGCAUAAAUUUCAUAAAAACGAUUCGAACUGCUACCGGAGUUUUUCUUCUGUUUUGUACAUCCGUGUUACCGAAACGAAAAUAUACGUAUGUGUAUAAGGUU